AUGGCCGGAGAUUCUAGGAUCUUCAUGAACCAGGACAUGGACAUCGGAGUCACGUCCAGAGAGCCCAAGAAGAUUCCCAAACAGGCUCGGGAUGAUGUCCCCAUUGCCACCGACCGAACCCGCCUCAUAUCAGCAGAAGGGAAGAAGCCACGCCAGCGUUACAUGGAGAAAAGUGGCAAGUGCAAUGUGCAUCAUGGAAAUGUCCAAGAAACCUAUCGAUACCUUAGUGACCUCUUCACUACGCUGGUGGACCUCAAGUGGCGCUUUAACCUUCUUGUUUUCACUAUGGUCUAUACCAUCACUUGGUUGUUUUUUGGGUUCAUAUGGUGGCUCAUCGCCUACAUCCGGGGAGACCUGGACCAUCUUGAAGAUGACAACUGGAUCCCCUGUGUUGAAAAUCUCAGUGGAUUUGUUUCUGCAUUUCUGUUUUCUAUCGAGACUGAGACAACAAUUGGGUACGGCUACAGGGUGAUAACGGAGAAAUGCCCGGAGGGCAUCGUACUGCUCCUGAUCCAGGCUAUUCUGGGCUCCAUCGUCAAUGCAUUCAUGGUGGGAUGCAUGUUUGUCAAGAUCAGCCAACCAAAGAAGAGGGCUGAAACCCUCAUGUUUUCUAACAACGCGGUGAUUUCCAUGAGGGAUGAGAAGCUCUGUCUCAUGUUCCGGGUUGGAGACCUCCGCAAUUCCCACAUUGUCGAGGCUUCCAUUCGAGCCAAACUCAUUAAGUCCAAACAGACCAAAGAAGGAGAGUUCAUCCCCUUGAACCAAACAGACAUCAACGUGGGAUUUGACACCGGAGACGACAGAUUGUUCCUGGUGUCCCCUCUGAUCAUCUCGCAUGAAAUCAAUGAGAAAAGCCCCUUCUGGGAGAUGUCCCGCACCCAACUGGAGAAGGAGGAGUUUGAAAUUGUGGUCAUCCUGGAAGGAAUGGUGGAAGCAACAGGGAUGACUUGCCAGGCUCGCAGCUCCUACAUGGACACCGAGGUGCUGUGGGGACAUCGCUUCACUCCCGUCCUCACCCUGGAGAAGGAUUUUUACGAAGUCGACUACAACAGCUUCCACAGCACCUACGAGACCAACACCCCCGUGUGCUGUGCCAAAGAGCUGGCCGAGUCCCGCCGCGAAGGCCAACUCCUCAGCCACCUCUCCAGUGCCACCCUCCUGAGCGGGGGCAGAGAAGCAGAGACAGCGAAAGAGGAAGAGGAAGAAGAAGAGGAAGAAGGCAGGGAGCCGGCAGGAUUGAAUGGAGCCAACGGGACAGCGGGAGAGGUGAAAGAAGAUAUACCCGUAUAA